CCUUCCCCACCCACUCACUCCCAAUCCAAGCGGCGAGGAAGCAAGCGGCACCUCUAAAGCCUCCUCCCAUGGCGAACCGCUGCGCGGUCCUCGACCCCACCUGGUCCCACCUCCCCGUGCCCGCGCCAACCCACACAGCUCACGCCGCCGCCAGCCACUACUACGCUUCUCCCGCCUGGCUCGGCCCGGCCGCCGCCUUUGAGAACGAGGCGCUCACCUCCGCGCUCCGCGCCUCCAUGUCGCCCGCCCACGCCGCCACAGCCGCCGCCUCCUUCUACUCUCCAACGACCCCGUCCUCCUCCACCUUCUUCGCCUAUGAACUCCUCUCUGAUGGCCACGACGCGCCGGCGCCGGCGGCCCAGUCCCUGGCGGGACCCAAAGGGGGUCGCGUCAGCAAGCGCAAGCCGCGUCCUUCCCGCCGCGCGCAUACGACGUACAUCACCGCAGACCCGGCCAACUUCCGCCGCAUGGUGCAGGAGAUCACCGGCUUCCCCGUCCCCGGCACCUCCUCCGGCGUCCAGGCCGCCGCUGCGUCGGAGCACGCAUCCGACGCGCCCAGCUGGCCGCCAGCGCCCGCGUGCGUGCUCCCGACGCUGGACACGUCCGCGUUCCUGCUCGACCCCGCCAUGACGGUGCCGGCGCCGGAGGGGAAGAGCUCGGGCGGAGGAGGCGCGUCCGCAGUAGCUGCCGCGCUGGGAGCUGAUGAGCAAUGCUCGGUGCUGCAGGAGCUGGAGGCGAUGGCGUGUGCGCCGGCCUUCAUGCCCGACUUCCCGACCUUGGAGAGCUGGGGAAUCAUCUGAUCUUCCCAAAGAGAUGGAGAGGGAUUCAGAUUUCAGAGAUAUUCAUAGAUGCUGAUGCAUGCGUAGCUCUUAUUUUGGGCUAUUCAUAGUGCAUUUUGCUUUUGCUCUAGCUCUCUAAUCGUUUAGGUGCUUUUUGGUCCGUCCGAUGCGAUGAUCGGACGGUUGCGGGUUGUCGAUGUCCAUGAUGUAGAUCUCUCUCUCUUUUUGUCAUGUGGUGUAAGUAAUUAGUACUACAUGCCAUGUUUGCCCUGCUGCUUUUCA